AAUACGGAAGUGGCUUUUUGGAAAGAGCAAGAAAAGAGGAGGGCUUUCAAACCAUCCUUGUUGUUGUUAGAAGAUGCUCCGCCGCCGAAGUGUCAUUUAGAAAGUAAUGUUUCUUAUUACAUAGCGAAAAAAAAAAACACAAAGUUGAUAAAAUGAGUUCGUUUGCAGGGCGUAUGAAGGAGUAUCCUACCAUUUCGCUGGACCGCUUCGACCGGGAGAAUUUACAUGCCCGGGCAUAUUUUCUGUCCCACUGUCAUAAAGAUCAUAUGAAAGGACUGAAAGGACCUCUGUUGAGGAGAAAGCUGAACUUCAGUCGGACAGUCAAGCUGUACUGCUCCUAUGUGACCAAAGAGCUGUUGCUGAGCAAUCCCAAGUAUGCCUUCUGGGAGGAACACAUUGUUCCUUUGGAGCUGGAGAGCCCGACUCAGAUCUCCCUGGUGGAUGAGGCGUCAGGAGAGAAAGAAGAGAUAGUGGUGACUCUGCUGCCAGCCGGCCACUGUCCCGGGUCUGUUAUGUUCCUGAUUGAGGGGUCCCAAGGUAAUGUGUUGUAUACAGGGGACUUCAGGUUCGCAGUAGGAGACGCAUCGCGGAUAGAAUUUCUGCACUCUGGCAGCAGGGUGAAGGAUAUUCAGAGUGUGUAUCUGGACUCCACUUUCUAUGACCCACGCUACUAUCAAAUUCCCAGUCGGGAGUCGUGUUUGAAGGGCAUUUCAGAGCUGGUGGGAAACUGGAUCAGUCAGAGCGCCUACCAUGUGGUCUGGCUCAACUGUAAAGCUGCCUAUGGAUACGAAUACCUGUUUACCAACCUGGGAGAAGAGUUCAAUACACAAGUCCAUGUAUCACAUCUGAAAAUGUUUAAGAAGAUGCCAGAAAUCCUGAGUUAUGUGACGACCAAGCGCAGCACACAGAUCCACGCCUGUCGACACGCCAGGGAGGAGGAGUUUCUACAAGGCAACAGGCUGCCAUGUGGCUCUGUGGCACCUGACGGGACUCCCUUUCGUAUCAUCAGCAUCAAACCGUCCACCAUGUGGUUUGGAGAGAGAAGCAAGAAAGGCAGUGUUAUAGUCAAAACAGGAAACAGUUCCUACAGAGCCUGCUUCAGCUUCCACUCGUCCUUCUCUGAGAUUAAAGACUUCCUGUCCUACCUGCAGCCAGUCAACAUCUACCCCAGUGUUAUUCCUAUUGGCCGCACAUUGACUGAUGUCACAGAGCUGUUGAAGCCGAUGUGCAGGAGCCAGUCUGAACAAGCAGUGUUCAUAUACAAACCACUGGGAAUACUCAAACGCACCAGGGUGCAGCUACCUACAUAUGAUUCAGACACUGAUGAUGAGCUGUUUGACGGGCCGGACAUAGCACCAGUGAGGAAGAAAAUGGCCCUGAACAAGGAAGUAAAAAGUCAUGUUGAAGUUGAGAAUCCUUUGACGCUGCCUGUGGAGGAGCCUUUACCCGUGACUGUGACUGUCAUACAGUCGACUGCAGCAAACUACAUGGACUGCACUGAGUCCAACGAUGAAGAGGAGGAGGAAGAGGAGGAGGAUCAACAGCAGGGGGAGACAGAAACAGGAAUGGAAGCUGGGGAGAAGGAGGAGGCAAAAGUGAAAAAAGAGAUGAAUGAGGUGAAAGAGGAGGAAGGUGAGGAGAGGAGGGAGCCAGAGAAAAGGAAGACAGAGCACGAUGAGAGGAAGGAGUCUCUGAUCAGCACCUCCAAGCCUCCAAAGUGGGAGGACUUCUUCACCACCGAGACGCUGACUGACAGCCAAAACAGCCUCACUAGCCAAUCACAAUCCUGCUGUUCUCUCACAAGCCCCUCCCCUUCCAGAAUGACAGGCUCUCAGACCCCCGAGCUGUUCAGUGACAACGAUGAAGAUGACACCCUCGGCCAAGAAAAACUCAGCUCAGCCCCGUCUACCUCUCUGUGCCGCCAGGUCUCGCGUGAGCAGGAGCCGUCCUUAUUAGAGACUUUUAUCCUCCAGCCAGAGCAGAGGAGGCAGGAGCACGGAGUGCACAGGAGCGAUGCUGUGCCUCUGAAGAACGAGUGUGGCGACCACAGUGUCCAGCCGAAAGGGGGUGAGCUGUCGGAGUCUCAAACGUCGUCGGACUUUGACAUCCCCUGCACGCCAGAGUCACACACACCACAUGCUGAUGAACUGUCACAGCUGUACAGGAGGUUAGCUUCAGGAGAGGAAGUGAUCAUCAGGAAAGGAAGUCAGGGUUCCAUAUAACGACAUAUUACAAGUCCUGGUACCCUUUUUUGAGGGAAAUUAAACAGCUGUUUGCUUAUCAUUUUCCAAUUUGAAUCAGAAAGUAGAUCCAUCAGGAAGCAUCAGCAGGAAACUUCCACUUAGUAACCUUGCACCAAGAAGAAGCGACCUGAUAAUACUUUCAUAGAUGAUUUUAAUUAUACAAGGAAAAAAUGGGUACCAGCACUUGUAUUUUACACUGACAUAACCUCCUUUGUUUGUGUUCUUUAAUUUGCUAAGUUUUAUUUUGGGAGCUGUUUUGCCACACUAUGGAAGUGAAUUGAGACAUAGAGGCACAGUAUUCUGGAUGAGCAGCCCAGGGGAGCACCACUAAUGAGGAUAUUUCACCAUCGUGUGGACUCACUAACUAACCAACACUACCAAAGUCCAGUUUUGCUGAAGGAUUACCUCAGUUUUUUGGGAUAUGGCAUCUUUGGCAUCUUUGGUGACGGGAACAUAGACAACAAAGUCAUUCAUGUGUCCAGGAACACUGUUGACUCCAGGGCUCCAUGCUAACACUUCACCAUACACUAAGUUCAUAGUUAAUAGUGGUUGACAGGCAAAGCAAUAUGUAUUAACUAGACAAUAUGUACUAAUUAGACUUCUAAUAACUUGAUUGUUGGUUGUUGGUUGUGUUGCUCACUGUGUGAACACUGAUAAUGCAGCUGUGUGCUACAGGUACCCACAUAACCAGUGUGUAUGUGGGUCUGUAGCACAGGUACCCAUGCACAGUGAUGCAUAACAUAAUGUGUCUAUAAUGCCUUCCAGUGCCUUAUCAGUGGAAAAACAGUUGCCAGUUUAUUCCUGUCUUAUACGUAACACAUGGACUCUCCUUCCAGCUGCACAUCAGUUCCAGCUUGAGUCCAACCUCCUAACCACACAAACCUCAGCGUGCAGAGCGGCACUCAUCUCAUUCCAAUGCACUUUCACUUCAUUUCUGCCCUACAUGGAGCAUGAGGGAAUGCACCUGCGCACUUUGUGGUUGCUGUUCCCUUUCUCUGACAGUUUAUGGUUUGUUCUGCUUUCCGUUAUCGUGAACCUGAUGAACCACAAAAUGAGAUGAAAACUAGCGAGUGUUUCAUGUCCUGUUUCAUGGUCUCAGCAAUUAAAUAUUUUAAUUUUCCAAAUGUGGACUGAGUGUUUCUAAGAUUGUGAAAUACAUCAAGAAUUUUAGGUUUUCUGUGAAAAGACCAUGUUGACUGGGCAGCCAAAUGAACCAAAUAGUGAAUACAUGAAGUGCUUCCUUGUUUCAGAAAUGGGAAUAAAAAUAUGGAGUCAAUGUGUGCAGCCUUUUAAAGAUAAUCUGUAGGGGAUUUUUUUUUCCUUCUGAAGUUGAAAGUGUCACCAUGGUACGAGGAAAUUAAAACCUCCAAAUAAAGAAUAA